UGAGCAGAGUUUUUAUGUCUCUGUUUUCAUUCAGUGGAUGCUCAGUGGCCCUUGAACCGCUUGGAUUUAACUGGUGAGCGGCUGGCUAACAGGUGGAGGAACAGUGAGAGCGCUGUGUGGAGGAGGCCUGCAGGCUGAGACACUUUUGGAGGACUGUCGCUGGAGCCGGCAGCAUGCUGAAGAUCCAGACGUGGUUGCUUCUCCUGGCUCUCUGUGCCGGGAACUCGGAGGCCUGGUUUUGGUCCACAAAAGAGGAAUCGACCACAGAAACCCCAACAGAGGGCGGGACAUCAGAUGCCUCCAUGCCAACAGGUGCCACCACGCCAACAUGGACGACAGGUGCCCCCGAGACGGCCAAUACCACGAAGAAGAAGGAUGACCCGGAGGAAAGUGAUGACCUGUCCGGGGUUGGGGAGGAAAUCCUCAACGUGGCCACUGGAAUCCGUAAGUUUGUCCAGGCGUGGGACGCGACCCCGACCGCCAGGACUACUAACGGAGGCCUGACAGAGAAGGUGGAGAGCGCUAACCCUAACACGACGGUGGAGAGCGGCGUCUCUUUGCUCCAGCUAAUCGGAGACCCUCCACCGGAUGCGAUCACCAGGUCCUACGGGCCGAGGGGGGAGUCCGCCUACGUCUUCACCCCUGCGGCGGUGUCGGGCCAGCCGGCUCUGGCCCACGUCCCCAACCCUUUCUACCGCCACUUCUCCCUCGUCUUCCACCUCAAGCCAUCCUCUCCCGCCGCCUCCGUCCUCUUCUCCAUCACCGACGGACCCCAGAGGCUCAUGUACAUCGCCGUCAAGCUCAGCGCGGUUCAGUCCGGCCGUCAGAAGGUUCAGUUCUUCUACACCGAGCCCGAUUCCGAGGCUUCGUACGAGGCGGCCAGCUUCGAUGUGCCGAGCAUGGUGGACAACUGGAGCCGCUUCUCGCUGGCUGUGUUCGAGGAGCAGGUGACUUUCUAUCAGGGCUGCGACUCCGAGCCGCAGGUGGUGAAGUUUGAGCGUUCGCCGGAUCCGAUGGAGCUCGACGCCGGCGCCGGGAUCUUUGUGGGUCAGGCAGGAGGAGCCAACCCUGACAAGUUCCAGGGCGAGAUCGCAGAGCUGAAAGUGGUGGGAAACCCUCGGACCGCUGAGCGUUUGUGCGACGACGAGGACGACUCCGACGCCGCGUCUGGUGACUUCGGCAGCGGUGAAGGCGACAGGAGACAAACAGGACACACCGUGAGGACCACGCCUCCCUCCCUCCGUCCCGUCCCUCAGCCUCCUCUGAAACCCUCAGAGGGAACCAGACGCAAAGAAACAGAUUUCAGGUAUCAGCCGUCGUCGGUGGACCAAAGCCGGGCCGGAUCGCCGGGCCCAAGAGGUCCAGGUGGUUCUAAAGGUGAGAAAGGAGACAAGGGAGAGAAAGGCUCCAGCGGGGACAGAGGCCCCGCAGGACCGAAGGGAGAGUCCGGGUCCGGGUCCGGUUCUGGUUUCUCCUCUCAGGGUGGAGGACAGAAGGGAGAAAAGGGAGACAAAGGUCCGAAGGGUAGCUCCGGCUUCGGAUACCCCGGCAAUAAAGGCGAACGAGGAGCUCAGGGGCCUCCAGGGCAGCCUGGUCCUCCCGGACCUGCAGCUGAGGUGGUUCGGCUUGGGGACGGCUCUGUUGUGCAGCAGGUGUCUGGACCCCCCGGACCACCGGGACCACCAGGGGCAGACGGGCCUGCAGGGCCUGCAGGAGCUGAUGGAGAGCCCGGAGAUCCAGGAGAGGAUGGGAAAGCUGGUCCAUCUGGGCCACGAGGUUUCCCAGGAAGUCCAGGAACCGCUGGUGCCAAAGGAGAGAAGGGUGAGCGUGGAGAGAGUCAGCCAGGACCCAGAGGCCCCCCCGGUCCACCAGGACCUCCUGGACCAGGCACCGCUGACCGUCCAACGUUCGUCGACAUGGAGGGCUCAGGAUUCCCCGACCGGGCUUACCGUGGUCUACCGGGCCUCCCUGGUCCUCCAGGUCCUCCCGGUCCUCCUGGAACAUCAGUGGCACUCGGCACUAACGGUCCGGUAGCUUUCGGACCUCCUGGACCACCUGGACAAGACGGAGCACCUGGUCUACCUGGCCCUCCUGGUCCUCCUGGUCCACCGGGUCAACCAGGACUCAUAGGAGCGAAGGGUGACGGCGGUGAGCUGGGACUUCCAGGAGCUUCAGGAGAAAAGCAAGACGAACAAGACUCCAACUUUUUCACGGGCCUCUUCUCUUACUUUGCUCCAUCCUCUACGGGCGCUCAGGGUGACGCAGGACGAGCAGGCACACCAGGGCAGACCGGGCUGGCUGGGCUUCCAGGUCCAAUGGGACCAGUUGGACCUCCGGGGCCACCGGGGCCACCGGGGCCACCGUACCGCGGUGGUUUUGCUUUUGGUGUCGAUGGUAAUUAUGAGGGGAACAAUGGUUUACCUGGAGUCAGUGGCCCACCUGGACCACAGGGUCCACCUGGUAUUGCAGGACUUCCUGGUAAGCCAGGUUUACCAGGCACCCAUGGAGCCAAAGGAUCAGAAGGACCAAGAGGACCUCCUGGGAUACCAGGUCUGGAUGGAUUCCCUGGACAGUCGGGUGAAAAGGGAGAGAGAGGAGAGAAAGGAGAGGCGGGUGUACCAGGACGAGAUGGCGGCCCACCUGGACCUCCAGGACCUCCCGGACCUCCGGGGCAGAUCGCCUACCAGCCAACAAGCGACUAUAAUGACGUUUAUUGGAGCGAAGGGGCGCAGGGAAGAGGUGGUGUUCCGGGUCGAGCAGGAUUCCCAGGGCCGAUGGGACCAAAGGGAGAUAAAGGAGACUCAGGUCCUCCAGGAAAUGCACCUAAAGGACAGAAAGGAGAGCCCGGUCUCAUCUUGGGGGCUGAUGGGAGACCUCAGUACAUCGGGCAUCUGGCAGGACAGCCGGGCGAGAGAGGACCUCCUGGCCCAGUUGGACCUCCAGGUCCGUACGGUCCUGCAGGCCAGAAAGGAGAGAUUGGGCUUCCAGGUAGACCGGGUCGACCAGGGCUGAACGGUGCCAAAGGAGAGAGGGGAGAUUUAGGCGGUGGAGCUGGAUAUGGUUACCCCGGUCCUCCAGGUCCACCAGGCCCCCCUGGACCACCUGGACCUACUUCUUCCUUUGACGGCUCCAGAGGACUUGAUGAUUACGCCAGGUAUUACCCAGCCACUAAAGGAGAGAAAGGUGAUCGUGGAUUUCCAGGGACGCUUGAUAUUCCAGGUUUCGGGUCAAACAUUGACAUUUACACUUUAAAGACUCAGAUGAAAGGUGAAACAGGCAGCCCCGGUGUGAAAGGAGAGAAAGGAGAACCGGGCGGAGGUGGAGGAUAUUACGACUCUCGAUAUGGAUGGAGCGGGAGCGGACCCCCAGGAGAGCGUGGACCUCCUGGCCCACCGGGCGACACCAUCAUUGGCCCAGCGGGCCCUCAGGGGCCACCUGGUCAGCCAGGACGAGGCUAUGAUGGGCAACCUGGACCACCAGGGCCACCUGGACCUCCGGGAGCAUCCUUCCCUGGAGCUAACAGGGGCACACAGACUAUCAAUAUUCCUGGACCGCCGGGACCACCUGGAGCACCUGGGCUACCUGGACACACCUCAGGGGUGACCGUGUUGAGGUCUUACGACACCAUGACCGCCACCGCGAGAAGACAACCUGAGGGCACUCUGGUCUACAUCAUAGACCAAACAGAUCUCUACCUGCGAGUCCGAGACGGAGUUCGCCAAGUCCAACUCGGGGGCUACAUCGCUCUGCCCAGCGAGGAUGGUAACGAGGUCGCGGCUGUGGAGCCUCCACCGGUCGUCCCCUACUACCCAGACCAGCAGUCCAACACGGACACCCAGAGGUCACCUGAGGCGCCGGUCCACCCCGACUCCAACCAUCAGUCACACCCACACCAACAUCACCCGACACACCCUCACCUACCUCACCCAACACACCCUCAACACCCAUCAAACCCCGAUCCCAGAUACCCCACCCAUUAUGAUCCCCGAUAUCAUCCGGACCCGCGGUACCCAUCGCCCUCAGAUCCCAGAUUUCCAAGUUACUCCGAGCGGUUGAAUCUGCCGGACAGUCGAUAUUCUGUCGAGGAACAGCCUUCGUACCCAGACACUCGCUACACCGUCACUGCGCGAAGACCGCCUCCUCCUGUGCCCGAGACUCCAGUCCACCGUCACGUCUCAGGUCCAGGGCUCCACCUCAUUGCCCUGAACAGCCCUCAGACCGGCGGCAUGAAGGGCAUCCGCGGUGCCGACUACAUGUGCUUCACUCAGGCUCAGGCCAUCGGGAUGAAGGGAACAUUUAGGGGCUUCCUGUCCUCCAGACUGCAGGACCUCCAAAGCAUCGUCCGCAGGGCCGACAGGGACCACGUACCAAUAGUGAACCUGAAGGACGAGGUUCUGUUUGACAGCUGGGACGCCAUCUUUAAUGACGGCAGAAUAAAGGACAACCUGCCGAUCUACUCCUUCGACGGCAAAGACGUUCUCAGUGACAGCACAUGGCCAGAGAAGAUGAUGUGGCACGGGUCGACCGGCGCCGGGCUGAGGAACGUCGACGGCUUCUGCGAGACGUGGCGCGUGGGCAACCCGACGCUGACCGGCAUGGCGUCGUCGCUGCAGAGCGGCAGCCUCCUCCAGCAGACCUCCAGCAGCUGCUCCAGCUCCUACGUGGUGCUGUGCAUCGAGAACAGCUACACCGGCCACGCCAAGAGAUAGACACACACACACACACACACACACACACACACACUGGUCGAAUCCCAAAGUCAUGCUUGUGUCCACGCCGUGCACUGUAUGUGGUGCUCUGUAAAUAUUCUCUUACGAGUAAUUAGUGUAUGUUCGUUAGCCCCUCCUAUAUGGUGCUAUACAGGAUCGUUCCACGUGUUGAACCCAAGUUACGCUCAGGUGACAGAACAGUAACACCCCCUCCGGCAGCCAUCUUUAAGGCGACAGAGGCCUUAACAGCUGGCUGUGUUUCCAAAACCUCUCUGUUGUCUGUGAACAUAAACGCUUCCUUUUCUUCGAUUGUUUGUGACUUGUCAGCUAGCGGUCGCUGUAACGUUGACGUGAAUAUGAGAUUAGCAUGUUCGGUGCUAGAUAGGAAAACCCGGUUUUGAGAUGUCUUUACCCCUGAAACCCGAUGCAGUAGAGAUUAAUAACGUCUGUUGUCUUCUGUUGAAUAAUAAAUAUAUCUGACAAGUGUAUCUUAAAGAGGGAGACACCACUGUGAUCAUACGUGGACUUAAUAUCUGAACUGUCAGGUAGAUUUUCACGUUUCCACAUCUUCCUGCCAGAUCUAAACCAAAAAGAACGUCAUUAAAAACCAUUAACAUACUGAAUGUUCGCCUCACAUACCUACAUGCAGUGUUAAUAAUGAUUAAAACAAGGUUUCCUGUUUCUUUAAAAACACCACAUUUACCUUUUUAUUUUCAGUGUUUGUCAGUGCUGGAGUGAAAACAACUGAGAAAUUGUCAGUUAAAAGCUGUUUAUUUCUUAACCAAUGGUGCAGUUAUCAACACAUUUCAGCGUCCAAAAGCAACAUAAAAGUUAUUGUAUAUGAAAUGUAUGUUUUUAACGUCUUUCCUCCUCACACUGAUGUUACCCGUCACCCAUAGCACUUGAGUUAUAGCCUUCUGUUUUGUUUUGUUUUUUUUUAAAUUCUGCGACUGACGUGCGUGGGAGGAUGUGUUCAAGUCGUAUCUUUAGCAAUAACAAAGGGAUAUUUAUUUUUUUAUAAACCGUUCAGCUAUAAUGUGUGACGUGAACGCUCUCACAAACAUUUUAUUUUGUUUUUUCUCUAAAUACUUCCAGUAAAUGUGCGCACACCCUACACGAGGACGUUGUAGCGCGUAUCAGAAUUGAUGUACAGAUAUCUGAUAGGAUUCAGCCAUAAAUGUUUGUCGAUGCACUGUUGCUUUUUACGUUUGUUUUAUUUUUUAUUUUUUUGUUAAAUUCAAGAACAGUGAAUGCACUGCAGCCAGGUUCCAGUGGAGAGGAUACAAACACUGGUGUCUCACUGUCCUGGAGAGUAGAGUGAUGUCUUUGUGUACUAACGGUGCCAUAACACAUGCAGUAAGAUUUGUAUUAACUCGCGCAGGUUAUUCUGUGUUUUUGUUUUUUUUUCUCCUUGUGUGAGCAACAUUGUGAAAUGCUGCGUCUCAUCGAAUAAACCUGUGUGGAAAUUGUG